CUCUCCAAAGGUAUGCGACAAUUAAUUGACGUUCUCUCUCUCAGAUGACCCCCCUACCCUGCUGCAGCUCCCUUUCGAGCUCUUUUAGCUGCCCGUUGAAACUUGAGCCCGCAACUGCCAGCUAAAAAGUCCAAAGACAGGCAAUUACCAGCAACAGCCAGCUACACAAAACGUCCCAACACAGGCAAUUAACUACGGUACCCACAACUGCCAGACACAGACAAUUACCUCCCCUCCCCUCCCCCCAGGCCCACCAAGUCCCACCGGCCUACCUCGCUCGAAUCUACAUGGAGGCGUCCAAUAAUCCAACCGGAAAGAAAAAAAAAGUCGUGCGGCAUGGGUUCCCCGCCAUAUGUGCCCCUUCCCCUUCACUCACUCCUUCCUUCCCUCGCACCCGCCGCCCCCUCGCACCAACCCAUACCCAUCCAGCCCUCCCACCAUCCAACGCACCCACGCACCCCUCAUCCUCACACCAACCCACCCACCAACCAGCCCUCCCUCCAAUCCAACAGCCCGUACCGAUACCGAUACCGGUACCAGUAUGUCGUAUGUAAAACUCCGACGUGCUUAAGCUGCUACAUACAUACCGUACAUACAUUGUGCCGUGCACUGCGCAGCACAGCGUUGACGUCUGAUGUGCUAGUAACCACUUACUUACAUAUUUCCUUUCUUCCUUACCUAACACCGUAUACAACUAUAUUCCGUACACACCGCGAUCCUGGACGGAUAACGACAAAUAAAUCCCACAUCGUCGCCAGGGCCGGGAGAAAGACGGUAUCGCUGAUCGCCCACCGUACUCGGAGCUAUCAGAUUAGCGACUGACAAUCACUACACCAUGUCCUUCCGGGCGUGAGUGAGUGCGAAGUGCGGUCCAGUCGAGUCUAGAGCAGAGAAGAACAGAGGAGGGGCGGCGAUCACGGAGUGAUCCUCUCGACAAGCGUC